CCCUGUGAAGAGAUAACGGCACGGUUCGCACUCUCGCAUUUCGUCGAACAGCCGUGAUGCCGCCGCCUCCCCUCGUCGCCCCUGCCACCGCGCUCCCGGCGGCCCGCCUCGCCAGAGUGGUGGCCGCUUCCUCCAGCAGCGGGGGCGCGGCCCCGCGGCGGGCGCGGCGCGGGAAGCCCGGGUUCUCGCGGCGGUCGGCCAUCAAGAAGAGCUUCCACCAGGAGCAGGUGGUGUUCUCCACCCCCGUCCCCGCCGACCCCACCGUCGCCGUCAUCGGCGGCGGCGCCUCCGGACUCGCCUGCGCGUCCGAGCUCGCCGCCCGCGGCGUCCGCUCCGUCGUCUUCGACACGGGGAUGCACGGCCUAGGGGGCAGGAUGGCGACCAGAUUCGUCGACAGCGGCGAGCAGCUGGUGUUCGACCACGCGGCGCAGUUCUUCACCGCGAGCGACGAGCGGUUCCAGAGGCUGGUGGACGAGUGGCUCGACAGAGGGCUGGUCCGUGAGUGGAGUGGCUUGAUCGGCGAGCUCGAAGCAGGUGGCCGUUUCACGCCCAUACCUUCGUCGACGCCGAGGUACAUCGGUGUUAACGGGAUGCGCUCACUUGCAGAUGCAAUGCUGCCUGAGACUGAUAUGAUUAAAGUUGUGCGGCCUUGUUGGAUAAGCAAACUUGAGCCGUUCAAUGGCCUGUGGCGCUUGUUUGAAAAUGAAAAGCCUCGUGGUGAAUAUGAUGCAAUUGUUAUAGCUCAUAAUGGGAAAUGUGCCAACCGUCUGCUCUCUACAUCAGGAUUACCAUUGCUUACAAAACAAAUGAAGGUAUUGACUGUUGCGCAAAUUUUGGACCCACGAGACAUCCUUAUCUUCCAAUUUCUUACUGAGUCUUAUGCAUUCAAUGAUCAGAGACUAGAGCUCAGUUCUGUCUGGGCACUCCUUGCAGCAUUCGAAGAUCCUCUUCCUAUCCCGCAUAAUGAUUCUCACGGAGUGUUUGAAGGAGCGUUUGUAAGAGAUGUUGAUUCUCUCUCUUGGAUGGGCAACAAUACCCGCAAACUUUUCCCAAUGCAGACAGGCACACCUGAGUGUUGGACAUUUUUCAGCACUGCUGCUUAUGGAAAGAGAAACAAAGUCCCGCAGGAAAAUAUCCCCAAAGUCACAGCAGAAAAGGUUAAGGAAGACAUGCUUGGAGGAGUAGAACAUGCUUUGGGGUUAGCCAAAGGAUCUUUUCAGCAACCAAUUUACACAAGAGUGCAGUUGUGGGGUGCAGCUCUGCCCAUGAACACUCCAGGAGUACCAUGCAUAUUUGAUCCCCUUGGACGAGCAGGCAUUUGUGGUGACUGGCUUACAGGUUCAAGCAUAGAAGCAGCAAUUUUAAGUGGAACGUCUCUUGCAAACCAUAUAGCUAAUUACUUCGUGAGUCACUGUGAAAGGCCCGAAGAGUUUGCAAUUGGUUUGCAUGAGAACCUAAACCAAGUCGAAGGGCAUGAUAUUGGUCAGUUUCCCGGGAUAGACUCUCAGAAGCCACGAGUAGCACAAGCUCAGAAGUCACUGGUACCACAAGCUCAGUUGACGCCGAGUAUAUGAUGAACGGCGAUUCUGUACUGAUUGAUGUAGUUUGUAAAUGAUGAGCUGAUUUUUAUUUUUUUUUAUUUCUUGUGACGAGGAAUUUGUGUAUUGUAACAUGCAGAAUGUACAUGUAUAAUUGAUGUAGAAGUUUUGUUACUUAUGUGGUUAUAUUACUUAUACUUCUCAA